CACUCCAGAGACACAUGUUCCGCUGUUGCAUCUUUGAACUUCACUCAGAGUCUUGACUCUUAAAGAAGAUUAUUGCAUAUUGAAUCAGACCAAUCAGUUUUCUUUCAUCAAGAUCAUCUAUAGUCAUCCUUAACACUGAGGCCUGCAUAUCAUUCUAUAUAUUCAAAAGCAGAAACUUUUUUUGGAGAGGUUACGUGACAAACACAAACACUCAACAUGGCAACCACUCUGCAUUUGAUUGGUGGUGGAGGAGGCAAUUCAUUUGAAUUCCACGGCAUGGACAACGGUGCCACCCUCAAGAAGAUCGGAGUGGCGGUGGAAGGCUGGCAGAUCAAAGCUGUGCGGGCGGAGCUUACCGACGGGCGCGUAGCGACCUUUGGAAAUUCACACACUUUCAAUGAGUUUCAGUUUGACCUCGGCGAGCGCAUCACCAAACUGUCUCUGUGGGGUAACGGCGCCGGCACACGUCUGGGUGCCAUCAAGUUCACAACGAGUAAGAAUCGUCAGUUCUUUGAAAAAAUGACCAGCUGGCCACUGAAGACUGAGUACACCAUAGAUGUGGGGUCCGGAAUCUGCCUGGGGCUGCAGGGCAGGUCUGGCUCGGACAUCGACAGCAUGGGCUUCCUCUUCAUCAACACCAUCAAGUCAUCCGUGCUGACCAACAUGGAGUAUCCCACCCUGUCCCUCUUCAAACCCCAGGUGACCCCAGAAUAUGUGAAAUCCCUGUCUCACCACAACGACACGUCCUUGGUUCAAGAAGAGUCCAUUACAUACAGCAAGACCCUGACCAAGACUUCCUCCUGGUCCGUCAGCAACAAGAUAGAGUCCACCUUGAAUGUGUCGGUCAAAGCGGGGAUCCCGGAUCUGGUAGAGGUGACAUCAGGUUUCAGCUUGACCGUGGGAGUGCAGCAAUCCACCAGCCUGCAGAAGACAGAGACCAUAACAGAAUCGGAUACCAUCAACGUAAAGAUCCCGCCAGGGAAGACCCUGGAUGUUGAGAUCACAGUGGGGAAAGCAACUAUCGACCUUGACUACAGGGCCACAGUGAAAGUCACCUGCAUGAAUGGCAGUCAGCUGGUCUUCCCAUCCAACGGCAUCUACACUGGUGUAACUUACACUUCAGCGAGGGUAUCCACAAAGGAGAGAUGAGACAAGUGUAUGACAUCAUGAAUAAUAAGCACAGUGAUAGAAUGUGACACCAUUACUGAUUAUUUGUGUGCCUUCUCUGUUAUUAUGAUCUUCUUUGAGUGAAUCUAAUUGAACCAUGUUGACUCAGCUCUUUAUUUCUGUCUCAGCAGAGGGUAUAACAACAGGUGGGUUAUUCCUACAAUCUGGUGCCUUUUGUGUCCAAUGACAUGUUAACACAUAUUUUGUGUGAAUUAUUGAACAACAUUCACUACAAAAUGUUUUCUUAUUUGCUUAGACCCCCAUUUACCAUAAAAAACAAUGUUACAUAACUGUAAUACAUUUCAUUUGUAAUAAACCAUUUGUCUUGUGUGUCAGUAA